CUGUGACCUGCUUCGCUCCACUCGUUAACCACCUGUGACAGCAAACAGGAAACCUCAAAUAUUUAUCAAGUAGAUUUUCACUGGAAAAGCAGCUAUUUCUAUCACUUUUAAGAAGGCGAGAAUGGAGGAAUUUUCUGGUGAAGAGGGCUCUUUCAGCUCAGAAGAGGCCAGUAACUCCGUGAAAGAGUGCAUUCAGAGUAUCAUUGGAGAAGAGAGCUACAGACAGGACACUGUGAACCAGUGGACAGCCAAGAUUGUGGAGCAAGCCCUCACCCUGCUGGUCAAACAGACUAAGUCAUACAAGUACAUUGUUAACUGUGCUGUCAUGCAGAAGUGUGGUGCUGGUCUCCACACAGCUAAUUCCUGCUACUGGGACACGGUUACUGAUGGGAGCUGCACAGUGAAAUGGGAGAACCGCACUAUGUACUGUGUGGUCAGUGUGUUUGCUGUGGCCUUAACCCCCUAGACCAGGACCAACCCUGAUACUUCUGAGAGAGAGGGUGCAAUGCUUCACCCAUCUGGCAGGGGGAGGUAUUCAGUAAUCAGUAGCUCACUGUACAUUCUAUGCUGAAUGGGACAAGCAGAGAGACGGCUAUAGAUGCGGUAAAGGGGUCAAUGGAACUCGACCAAAACAAUGGAAAUGUCAUGUAAACGCGUGUGGGAAAGAUCCUGAAUCUCCUAAUUGCCCUUCAACAAAAUAAGGUUAUUGUGUAUGUGUAUUUCACAAUGCAUGUUCAUGUCAUCAAGUUUCAAGUUUUUAAUGUCACAUGCACAAGUACAGUGAAAUACCUUUCUUGCAAACUCAAAACCCAACAAUGCAAUAAUCAAUAACAAUGUAAUAAAUGACUUUGAC